CGGUUUAUACCACGUUUUGUUCACAAUGUCAGCACGUAGCCGACGACGCGUGGACUGAGAUGUUAUCCGUUCCUGUUUUAUCGGCCUUCCAGCGGCACUAUAAGGCCGAAAUGCUAACACUGAAACGGCCUCGUUUCUACUACGCUAAUAUUUGUGGUAUGGUCCGUUUGGGACCGACAACCUGGGGGGUUAAAGCGGGGGUAAACCUAGAUUAUCAAUUAGGUUAGUUCGAUUACUAUAUCUGUCAAUUAAUUUGUAUUUUCAUCCCACACAAUUGCUAUUGUACCCAAAGGCGUCUACGUUUGGGCACCGGUUCCCCGAAUGCCUCGCCAGCAAACCUUAGCCGCUCUUGGUGCGCUUUACCCCCGCUUCGAGUGCGUCGUGUGACCGCUCUGCAUGGGGACGAUGGAGCACGCUGCUCGCUUGCUUUUGGCGUGUUGACGACCUGUGCACAUCCCCAAAAUACACAUUUCAAUUGCCCUAGAUCAGGGCUCACCAACCUUUUUGAAACAGAGAGCUAUUUCUUGGGUACUGAGUAAUGCCAAGUGCUACUAGUUUUAUACACACUUCUGAAAUGACAAAUAUGCUCAAACUACCUUUAAUAAUAUGUUAUAAGUAUACUUUAUCGUGAAUAAUUAAUGAUAUUCAUUUAUGUGAAGACACUGAUCAUGCUAAUGAUUUCUCACAGUAGUUAGGAAACUGAUAAAUAUCAAUAUACAACACUUCUCUGCCAGUGUUUACAUUUUCAAAUGAUCACUACUGCACCAUUUCUAGAAAAUCACAAUGUCCCAUCAAUGGUAGGCAAAUCUUUUGAACAGGCCCACUGGUCUUGGGGGCCACCUGGUGCCCGCGGGCACCACAUUUUUGACCCCUGUCCUAGAUGUUUGUAUUCAACAUUCAUAUAUUUUUAAGCUUCUGCAUGAUUCCGUGUAAGCAUAAAAUACACUUAACGGUUGCACCUAGACAAUCUCAUGAGAUCUAGUGCAAGAUUUGGCAUCUAAACUUAAUUAAGCCAAGGCACACAUUUUACAUGAGAAGAAUCUCACAGCACAGCACCAAGUAAAAAGGCUAUACGCUACUGUACAGGAGUUCCUUGUUUAUCGUGGGGGGGAUAACGAAAAUCUUUGAAGUAGUGACUGUGUAUUUAUUUUAUUAUUUAUAUAUUUUAAAGCUUUAUGCAAAACACAAAUACAACAUAUGCAUGUGAGGUGCAGUUAUUAUUUUUGACCACUUGGGAUCAGCAUUGUCAAGUUCUUCACUGUAGUAUCUGUGACUUUGAAUGUGUGUGGCUUUAAAAGGCAGGGCUUGGCCUGUUGAGUGACGUGGGAGGCAGUGAAUGAGAAUGUGUUCCAGGUUGUCUCACUGCGGCCUGCGGUGAUUGGCGACUACCACGAGGCCCGGCAGGUGUGUUGCCAUGGAUGCCAAGCCGGAGCCCACCACCGUGUGGAGUCAGUCCGCGAACACGGACUCAGCCGACGCCACACAGGUUCAUUUUGAAGGUGAAACGGUGGCACAGAUAGUGUACAGCGGAGAUGGCUGCGGUCAGGCGGAGCGGGAGCAGCAGCAGGUUGUGUACACGGCCGACGGCAGUUCGUACACCUCGGUGGAGUCGGCCGAGCACACGCUGGUCUACAUUCACCCUGCGGAUGGCACCCAGGCCGUGUUUGCAGAUCAACCUCAAGUGGCGUACAUCCAGCAGGACGGCACGACUCAGCAGGUGGCGGUUUUGCUUCCAAGCGGCCAGAACAUGAAUGCCGCCAGUCUGCACGUCCUCAGCAAUGUCGCCGAAGCACCGCAAGCCACCCUGGAACUGGUGUCCCAGGAGCAGAUGUCCGUAUCCAACUCGCUAGCCUCCAUGGUGGACCCCCCGUCUAGCCCAGUCGGGGCCAUGGACACCACGGACGACUCUGCAGAAGACGAUGACGACGAUGACUCGGACAUUGACGACUGGGAGCCUCGUCAGCGGUUCAACCCUCACAACCUCUGGUGCGAGGAGUGCAAUGACUCCAACCCCUCGGAGUGUCUGAACCACGGGCCCCUGCACCCCAUCCCAAACCGGCCGGUAAUGUCCAGGGCCCGUGCCAGCCUGCCACUGGUCCUCUACAUCGACCGCUUCCUGGGAGGGGUCUUCUCCAAGAGACGGAUCCCCAAGCGCACCCAGUUCGGCCCCGUGGAUGGACCCCUGGUGCCCCAGAGCGAGCUACAGGACAACUACAUUCACCUGAAACUUUGCGUGCUGGAUGCGGAAAAAGACGGCAAGAAGUCUGAGGACACGUGGCUGGACCUGUCUGACGAGGACAGCUGCAACUGGAUGAUGUUCGUGCGGCCCGCCAAGAACCACCUGGAGCAGAACCUGGUGGCGUACCAGUAUGGCGCCGACAUCUUCUACACCACCAUCAAGAACAUCGAGUCCAAGCAAGAGCUUAAGGUGUGGUAUGCAGCCUCGUAUGCAGAGUUUGUCAACCAGAAGCUCCACAGUGUUACUGAAGAAGAGAGAAAAGUUCUGCGGGAACAGGAGAAGAACUGGCCGUGCUAUGAAUGCAGCCGGCGCUUCGUGAGCUCCGAGCAACUCCAGCAGCAUCUCAACAUGCACGACAACAUGCUCCACUCUGCGAGCAGGCCCAGAGGGCGCGGCCGGGCCAGGGGCAGGAAGCGAUUUGGGACGGGGAGGAGGCCAGGGCGACCGCCUAAAUUCAUACGUUUGGAUGCGGUGGUUGAAGAUGACACAGACAGGACGACGGAGAUGCUGAAUCCGGCCGAGGCGCAGCCGCUGGAUGAGCCAACGGAGGCGGCUCACAAUGGCGUAGAGGUGACCGUUUCGGAGCCGGACACAGAGGCGGAUGGCCCAACGAUGUCCCUAGCGGGGGAACCCUCUGCUGCCCAGCCCUCCGAUGUGGACCUGCCGCUCCAGACCAAGGAGGAUCCCGUGCAGAGUGACCAGUCGGACGCUCAGCUCUCGUCUCCGGAUGUGCGACGCUUGAAAAGGAUGCGGACUGCUGCGCUGCAGCAUCACUUCAUCCGAAAGAGCUUCCGCCCCUUCAAGUGCAAACACUGCGACAAGGCCUUCCGCGACAAGGACAAGCUGGACCAGCACCUGCGCGUGCAUGGCCGCGACACCUUCGUCUUCCCGUGCCACCUGUGCAGCAAGACGUUCAUGACCGACACGGCGCUGGACGACCACCUGCUGGUUCACACUGAGAAUCGCACGUAUGCGUGUCUGCUGUGCGCCGAGACCUUCGACAGGCUCGACGCACUUCGGGACCACAUCGAGGUGCACGCUGUGGACGGCACCUUCACCUGCCCGUCCUGUAAGAAGACCUUUCCCGACUUCAUCCAGGUGAAGAAGCACAUCCGCUGCUUGCAUUCCGAGAAGAUCUUCCAGUGCCCAAACUGCGAGAAGGGCUUCUGCCGGCCGGACAAGCUGCGCCUGCACAUGCUGCGCCACUCAGAUCGCAGGGACUUCCUGUGCUCUACAUGCGGCAAGCAGUUCAAGCGGAAAGAUAAGCUGCGGGAGCACAUGCAGCGUAUGCACAAUCCUGAGCGCGAGGCCAAGAAGGCCGAGCGGGUCCACCGCUCCAAAAACCACAAAAUGAAGGCGCCCACUACAGACUUUGAGAGCUUUAUGUUUAAAUGCAGGCUGUGCAUGAUGGGAUUCCGACGCAGAGGAAUGCUGGUCAAUCAUUUGUCCAAGCGUCACCCUGAGAUGCGCGUUAACGACGUCCCCGAGUUGACGCUGCCCAUCAUCAAGCCCAACAGAGACUACUUCUGCCAGUAUUGUGACAAGGUGUACAAGAGUGCCAGUAAGAGGAAGUCGCAUAUACUGAAGAACCACCCGGGGUCAGAGUUGCCGCCCAGCAUCCGGAAGCUCCGUCCGGCCGCACCCGGCGAACCGGACCCCAUGCUGACCACGCACACGCAGCUGGCCGGCACCACUGCCUUUGCGCCCGUCUGCUGCCCGCACUGCGCCAAGCAGUACAGCAGCAAGACUAAGAUGGUGCAGCACAUACGGAAGAAGCAUCCAGAGUUUGCCCAGCUCGUCAACACCAUCCAAGCUCCGCUGGCGACGGCCGUCAUCAGCAGCACGCCUGCUGUCAUUAGCGCGGACGGCGCUGCCGCUGAGGCUGUCGUGACCACCGACCUGUUAACGCAGGCCAUGACGGAGCUCUCCCAGACGCUGACUACAGACUACAGAACAGCACAAGGAGACUACCAGAGGAUCCAGUACAUCCCCGUGUCCCAGGCAGGAGCUAGUUUGUCGCAGCCGCAGCACAUUCAACUGCAAGUGGUUCAGGUGGCGCCGGCUUCCUCUCCGCAUUCCCAGCAGCAGACUGUGGAUGUCGGUCAACUGCACGACCCGCACGGUUAUAGCCAGCACUCCAUCCAGGUGCAGCACAUCCAAGUCACGGAGCCCUCGGCCUCUGGACAAGGUGUCACUCAGGUGACGGGUCAGCCUCUAAGCCCCAACUCCCAACAGACCAAUCAGGAGUUGAGCUCGGGCCAGCUGACCCCUGUGACGCUGGGUCAGAACCACAGUCUCCAGGGCGGUGGUCCUCCUCAACAACAGCAGCAGCAGCAGCAGCAACAGCAGCAGCAGCAGGGGGCGGUUCAACAUGCCUACAUACCCGGCAACUGGAACUACCGAGGCUACCCAGCCUCCGAGAUCCAAAUGAUGACGUUGCCCCACGCGCAGUACGUCAUCGCCGAGGCCCCCACGCCCGUGACUGGAGCCAACAGCAACCAGGUGAAAACGACGCACUACGUCAUCUCUGAAGGUCAGACGGAACUGGACACCAAGCCUUCGGGUCCCGCCAGCUCGGGUCUGGACCCCGGCGAACACUUGGAGCCGCCGGCGAGUCAGCAAGCCACCACGCAGUACAUCAUCACCACCACCACAAACGGCAGCGGUGCCAGCGAGGUCCACAUCACCAAACCCUAAAACUCCCUGAACUUUGACCCCUCGUUUCCGCUCCACUCCCACAACUUUUCCUACCCGUCGGCGGUUUUUAAGCAUGCGGACUAAAAGCAAACAAAGACUUGAUGAAUUUAAAAGACAAAAUGAAGACCAGCACAGUUUUAUGUGUAUGUAAAGUGUCAUUAUGUUGUUGUUGACGUGUCACACGCUGCUAGAAAACUCAAUGAAUGACAAGUAUCAACAUUUACAGCUUUCUGAACAUGACCUGCUCAAGUGUAAAGAGAUCCUUUUUAUUCUGUUUGAAGUAGUCAGAAAAGUCAUUUGUGAACUGUGACAGAAAAUGAAAUUCUUCCAGUUUAAUAGCACAGUUGUCGUGUUUUUAUCCCAAACUGGUCUAUUUACAGUGUUCUUCUCCCAUAUGGAACUCUAUCGUUCGUGCCACUGCUAUUUGGCAGAAUGUUUGUGGGAAGCAUACAGUAUAACGGAAAUCUGCGGUUUAUAGCAAUAGUUUUUUAUAGGUUUACGGCUAACCAGUUUGCAUGUGGGAAAGGAGAGCCACAGAUGCCAACACUUUUUAGCUGUUUAUUUAAUGCCAAGACAAGAGGAAAACACAUAAAACACAAUGAUUAAAAUCACAUAGAUGCUGCUGUCAGCCUCAGCUCACCCCCAGACACUCGUGCCAACAGGCCCCGCCUCUUAAAGGCAUUUAAUCUAAGAGACUAAAGGCCUUUUCACACUGCAAUGUGCACCUGUUUACGUCUCCAUGGUAACAUACAUACACUAAGACUAAAUAAGGAGCACUUUGAAGGAGGAGGGGCAGACCUACACAAUCACCAGCCUUUUCAUUGGAUUCAUCUACUGUACCAUCCCAAUGCCUUUACCAAGAUCAUGCUAAUAUUAUGAUAUAUAUAUUUGGGGUAUUACUGCAGGUGAAGUUUGGAGGCACUGCAUCAUCCAUCCAUCCAUCCAUUUUCUGAGCCGCUUCUCCUCACUAGGGUCGCGGGCGUGCUGGAGGCUAUCCCAGCUGUCAUCGGGCAGGAGGCGGGGUACACCCUGAACUGGUUGGCACUGCAUCAUACUGAGGCAAAAUAUGUACUUGAGUGCAAACUAAAACCACAACAUUCAUCCAUUUUCUGAACCGCUAAUCCUCAAUAGGGUCGGGGGCCUAUCCACACCUAUCUUCGUGCGAGAGGCGGGGUAAACCCUGAACUGGUCGCCAGCCACUCGCAGGGCACAUAUAAACAACCAUUCACGCUCACGUUCACACCUACGGGCAAUUUACAGUCUUCAAUUAACCUACCAUGCAUGUUUUUGGGAUGUGGGAGGAAACCGGAGUACCCGGAGAAAACUCACACAGGCACGAGGGGUACAUGCAAACUCCACACAAGCGAGGCCGGAUUUGAAUCCCGGUCCUCAGAACUGUGAGGCGGAUGUACUAAGCAGUUGUUCACUGUGCUGCACAACCACAACAAUACAUGUUAAAUCAAUAAUUCUAUUACAGUGUCAACAAUUA